CUAUCUUUUCCAUUCUACGAAAUCACAAUGUCUGGCGCCAAGCAAGAGAAGGCUCCGGCUGCCGCUGCUCCGGCUGCUGCUGCUGCUGCUGCGGACGAGGAAAUCGAUCCCCGCGCGUACUUUAACAACCGUUGCGCGGCUGUCCAGCAGCUCGCUGCGGAGGGCAUCCCUGCCUACCCACACAAGUUCACCGUCUCGACCGGUCUGACCGAGUAUAUUGAAAAGUACGGCGGACUUGCUGAGGGCUCGUCGCUCACUGAUGUCACCGUCUCGGUCGCUGGUCGCAUCUACUCCAAGCGUGAGUCUGGCGCCAAGCUCAUCUUCUACGACCUCCGCGGCGAGGGCGUCAAGAUUCAGGUUAUGGCUGAUGCUCGCACCCUGGAGGGCGACUUUGGCAAGAUUAACGCCCGCUUCCGCCGUGGUGAUAUCAUUGGCGUUCGUGGCCACCCUGGCAAGUCCAAGCGUGGCGAGUUGAGCAUCUUCCCCGUCGAGCUCACCCUGCUGUCGCCCUGCCUGCGAGUAUUGCCGACCCUGCACUUUGGCCUCAAGGACCAGGAGCUCCGAUACCGCCAGCGAUACCUCGACCUCAUGCUCAACGACGCCACCCGCAACAAGUUUGUCGUCCGCAACAAGAUUAUCAACUACCUGCGCCGCUUCCUCGAUCAGCUCGGCUUCCUCGAGGUUGAGACCCCCAUGAUGAACAUGAUUGCCGGCGGUGCCACUGCCAAGCCCUUCAUCACCCACCACAACGACCUGAACAUGAACCUGUUCAUGCGCAUUGCCCCCGAGCUCUACCUCAAGCAGCUUGUCGUCGGUGGUCUCGAUCGCGUGUACGAGAUUGGCCGCCAGUUCCGCAACGAAGGCAUCGAUCUCACCCACAACCCCGAGUUCACCACUUGCGAGUUCUACAUGGCCUACGCCGACUACAACGACCUCAUGUCCAUCACCGAGACCCUCCUCUCUGGCAUGGUCAAGUACAUUACUGGCGGAUACGUCAUCGAGUACCACCCGCAAGGCCCCACUGAGCCUGCCAUCAAGAUUGACUUUACCCCUCCCUUCCGCCGCUUCAGCAUGAUUGCCGAUCUCGAGAAGAAGCUCAACGUCAAGUUCCCACCAGCAGACCAACUGCUUUCGGACUCGACCAACAAGUUCCUCAGCGAGCUGUGCAUCAAGCACAACGUCGAGUGCACGCCACCGCGCACCAGCGCUCGUCUGCUUGACAAGCUCGUCGGUGAUUUCCUCGAGGUUGAGUGCAUCAACCCGACCUUCAUUUGCGAUCACCCGCAGCUCAUGAGUCCUCUUGCCAAGUGGCACCGCUCCAUCCCCGGUCUGACUGAGCGCUUCGAGCUGUUCGUCAGCAAGAAGGAGGUUUGCAACGCCUACACUGAGUUGAACGACCCCAUUUACCAGCGCAAGAUGUUCGACGACCAGGCCAAGGAUAAGGCUGCUGGUGACGACGAAGCACAAGUUAUUGACGAGGUGUUCUGCACCUCGCUCGAGUUUGGUCUGCCCCCGACCGGUGGCUGGGGCAUGGGUCUCGACCGUCUGACCAUGUUCUUGACCGACUCGAACAACAUCAAGGAAGUUUUGCUCUUCCCCGCCAUGAAGCCCGAGAUUAACGAGCAACCCGCUGCUGCUGCUGCUGCCGCUCCCGCCGCUGCCCCCGCCAAGCAUUAAUUGAAGAUUGCGCUAGACGACUGUGAUGUCCUAUGACAAAUCCAGCAGCUUUUCUGGAUGCGUUUUUGUGUGUCGUAACAGCGUGUUUGAGAUUUUGAAACAAGAUUGUCCAUUUUUCCAACAACAUUCGCCUCCUGUGAACU